AUGGCAACCAUCACCAUCAGCCUUGCUGUCGAGAGAUUUGGUACAGUGGAGAAGUUGGGUACCAAGACCCCCUACAUGAACAACCGUAGGGCAGAGAAGAUCAGCCGGUUAAGGCAGGAGCUGCGGGUCCUGAAGCGGCAGUACAAGGUAGCGCGAGAAGAGGAAAGGGAUGCACUAUCAGAACUUCGUGGCAUCCUCAGGAAGAAGCUCACCACUUUUCGAAGGGCAGAAUGGCACAGACGGCGGGGGAAAGAGAGGGCCAAGAGGCGGUCUGCCUUCAUCGCAAACCCCUUUGGAGUCACCAAGCAGUUGCUUGGGCAAAAACGAAGUGGAAACCUCGUUUGUCCCAAAGAGGAGAUCGACAACCAUCUCUGCAACACAUACAGUGAUUCUGCUUGGGAGGAAGACCUAGGCCCCUACAGAUCUUUGAUAGACCCCCCAGGACCCACCACAGACUUCAACAGCAAGGAGCCCAGUUGGAAGGAGAUUCAGGAAGUUGUCAAGGCAGCCAGAGCCAGUUCAGGCCCUGGACCAAGCGGAGUGCCCUACAAACUAUACAAGAGGUGUCCCAGACUCCUUCACCGGCUGUGGAAGAUCCUGAGGGUUAUCUGGAGGAGGGGAAAGGUAGCCCAACAAUGGAGAUUUGCAGAAGGUGUCUGGAUUCCCAAGGAGGAGAAUGCUAAGAACAUCGAGCAGUUCAGAACGAUCUCGCUGCUCAGCGUUGAGGGGAAGAUAUUCUUCGCCAUCCUAUCCCGUCGGUUGACGGAGUUCCUCCUGAAGAACGAGUACAUCGACACCUCUGUACAGAAGGGCGGAAUCCCAAAGGUGCCAGCAUGCCUCGAACAUACAGGUGUGGUCAUGCAGUUGAUCAGAGAGGCAAGAGAAGGGAAAGGAGACUUAGCUGUGCUGUGGCUCGAUCUCACCAACGCUUAUGGAUCCAUUCCUCAUACACUGCACCGGCACCAUGUCCCAGGUAAAAUUAGGGACCUUAUCUUGGACUAUUACAAGAGUUUCAAGCGAGUCACCUCUGGGACAGUCAUAUCUGAGUGGCAUCGGCUGGAGAAAGGGAUCAUCACUGGAUGCACUAUUUCAGUGAUUCUCUUUGCCUUGGCCAUGAACAUGCUGGUCAAGUCAGCAGCAGUCGAGUGCAGAGGUCCGCUCACCAAGUCUGGAGUCCGCCAGCCCCCCAUCAGAGCCUUUAUGGACGACCUGAUAACGACGACGUCAGUGCCGGGGUGCCGAUGGAUCCUUCAGGGCUUGGAGAAGAUCAUCACCUGGGCUCGGAUGUGUUUCAACCCUGCAAAAUCUAGGUCCCUGGUGCUCAAGAGGGGGAAAGUGUCUGACAAGUUCCGCUUCUCUCUGGACGGCACCCAGAUUCCAUCAGUCACCGAGAAACCCAUCAAGAGCCUCGGAAAGACCUUUGAUUGCACCCUGAAGGACGCUGCAUCCAUCAAGGCCACAAAUCGGGAGCUGGAGGCGUGGCUGACAGCAGUGGACAAGUCGGGUCUGCCUGGUAAAUUCAAGGCCUGGAUUUACCAGCACGGUGUUCUCCCCAGGAUUCUGUGGCCCCUGCUUGUGUACGAGUUCCCAAUAACAACAGUACAGGGCUUCGAGAGGAGGAUCAGCCGUUACCUCCGUAGAUGGCUGGGCAUGCCACGAAGCCUGAGUAGCAUCGCUCUAUACAGGCACAACAACAAACUGAAGCUCCCCAUUAGCAGCCUGAAUGAGGAGUUCAUGGUAACUCGUGCAAGAGAGGUGCUGCAGUACAGGGAAUCCAGGGAUCCAAAGGUCUCUCUGGCAUUGAAGUCAGGACUGGAAGGAAGUGACUUCCUGGAAGGAACAGUCGAGCAGGCGGAGUCACGCUUGCGUCACAGCGUGCUGGUCGGCCCAGUGGCAUCUGGACGAGCAGGGCUUGGUAGCGUUGCAACCACACGCUACGACAAAGCCCUGGGCAAAGACAGACGCCGAUUGGGCCAAAAGGAAGUGAGAACUGGCGUGGAGGAACUGCGUACUAGCCAGAUGGUGGGGAUGCGACAGCAAGGCGCAUGGACGAGAUGGGAACAGGCAGUGGACCGCAAGAUCUCCUGGUCUGAGCUUUGGCAAGCUGAGCCUUACCGGAUCAAGUUCCUGAUUGCGUCUGUCUAUGACGUCUUACCCAGCCCAUCCAACCUCUUCUGCUGGGGCAAGGUUGACGCACCAUCAUGUCCUUUGUGCCUCAGAAGGGGAACGCUAGAGCACAUCCUCAGCUGUUGCUCCAAAGCCCUGGGAGAAGGACGCUACGCUUGGCGCAACGACCAGGUGCUGAAGGCGAUAGCAGAAACCAUCUUCACCAGCAUCACCCAGAACAAGCCUCUCCGACCAGCAAGGCAGGCGAUUGCUUUCAUUCGAGCAGGGGAGGAGCCUAAGCCCAAGCCAAGGGGGACAGCGGGACUCCUUGGAACCGCACCGGACUGGCAGAUGAAGGCCGACCUGGGGAAGCAGCUCAGAUUCCCAGAGCAGAUCGUGGAAACCACCCUGAGACCAGACAUAGUUCUGUUCUCAGAUUCAACCAAACAGGUGGUCCUACUUGAGCUGACAGUUCCCUGGGAGGAGCGCAUGGAAGAGGCCAAUGAGAGGAAGCGUGCCAAGUAUGCCAACUUAGUGGAGGAGUGCCGCGACGGGGGGUGGCGUGCCCGGUGGCCAAUAGAGGUGGGCUGUAGAGGCUGUGCAGCGCAAUCUCUCUGCAAAGCAUACAGCAUGCUUGGAGUCACAGGUGCACGUCAGAGAAAGGCCAUCAAGACCACCACAGAGGCAGCUGAGAAGGCCUCUAGAUGGCUGUGGAUCAAGAGGGGCGAUCCGUGGGUACAUGCUACUUAGACACUAGUUGGGACUUGAUCAAUCCCGGCUGGGUCGCCUGGUUGAGGGUGUAUGAUGUUGCGAGACCCGAAACACCCAAUGACCCCAGGUUCCAUCACUGAUGAUGUGUC